AUGGCCGAAGACACUGUCGCCCAAGUCAUCGUGAACAGCUUGUACAAUGCUGGGGUCCGCUACGUCUUUGGCGUGCCAGGAGCAAAGAUAGACGCAAUCUUCGACUGCCUACAAGAUCACAGCGAGAUCAAGCUCGUUGUUGCCCGACACGAGCAGAAUGCAGCUUUCAUGGCUGCUGCAGUGGGCCGUAUCACCGGCACGCCUGGAGUGUGCAUAGCCACGAGCGGUCCAGGCGCUUCAAACCUAGCAACAGGACUGGUCACCGCCAAUACGGAAUGCGACCCUGUUGUUGCCCUUAUCGGCAGCGUCCCACGAGCAAUGGCAUUGCACAGAACUCAUCAGAGUAUGAGAGCUCUCGACAUUCUCGGACCAACAGCAAAGACUGCAGUCUCAAUAGACGUCGAAGACCAAGCCGCCGAGGUCAUUUUGAACGCCUUCCGAACAGCUUCCUCUUCACCCAGAGGCGCAUCCGUCGUCUCAAUACCUAUCGACGUUUCGAAAGGCAAGACCUCAAUUCUGCCUUUCAAGAGUGAAGCCUUCCGACCUCCCACCUACGGAACGGCUCCAACCUCGCGCUUGGACGAGGUCAUCAAGUUGAUCCAAAACGCAAAGCUUCCGGUCCUGUUUCUGGGACUCAGAGCCAGUAGUCCCAGGGUUGUCGAAGCGGUCCGCACUCUACUCUCCAAAUUUCCUCUCCCCACAGUCGAGACAUUCCAGGCUGCAGGAGCUGUCAGCAAAGAAUUGGUGCAAAACUUCUACGGAAGGGUAGGCAUCUUCAGGAACCAAGUGGGUGAUAGACUGCUGACCAAGUCCGACCUUGUGCUGUCCGUGGGCUAUGAUCCUGUUGAGUACGAUCCAAAUGCCUGGAAUCCCAAGGGUGAUGGUCGUAUUAUACACAUUGAUGUCUCACCUGCGGACUAUGGAGCACAUUACCGUCCUCUGCAUGAGCUGGUGGGCUCAAUUGCGGAGAAUUUGAAAUACCUUACCCAGAACCUCCAGCACAUUCCUGAAUCAUCCAUAUCGGAACAGUGUAAGAGUCUCCACGACGAGUACCUCUCAUGGCAAAAGUUACCUGAUGUCAAACGAUCCUCGGGUCUUAUUCAUCCACUACAUUUCAUCACGGUGCUUCAGGGGCUUGUGUCAAAGGACACAACAGUGUGCGUCGAUGUCGGAUCGGUCUACAUAUACUUCAUGAGGUACUUUUUCGCUUAUGAGCCUCGCCGACUUCUCUGCUCCGAUGGUCAGCAAACUUUGGGGGUCGGUCUACCUUGGGCGAUAGCUGCCUCUCUGGUCCAGGACCCACCCUGCUCGCAAAAGGUCAUCUCCGUAAGUGGUGAUGGUGGAUUCAUGUUCUCUUCUCAAGAAAUGUCCACUGCCGUACAGCAAGGCUGCAACAUUACACACUUCAUCUGGAAUGACCAGGCAUACAACAUGGUUGAAUUCCAGGAGAUCAUGAAGUACAACAGAUCAAGUGGUGUCAAGCUGGGAGGGGUCGACUUUGUCAAGUUUGCUGAGAGCUUUGGUGCCAAAGGUUUCAGGAUCUCGGACUCAUCGCAAGUCGAGAGUGUCAUCAAGGAGGCUCUCGCACAUGAAGGCGUGUCGCUGGUCGAUGUGAGUAUCGACUACUCGCAGAACCUUGAACUGGCGAAGACAAUCGCCCAAGACCAGUGGAACUAA